CGAGCUCCUCCUCCUUUGGCUGUCCACAGACGAGCGGCGGCUCUCGCGAGACUCAGGUGCUCGCUGCGGGAAGAGACCGAGGGGAAGCUGCGGAUACCGGACCUCAGGCCCGAGAGACUGGACACUGAGCCCAUCGGCUGUGUCUCCCUCUCUGUGCGCACAUGGACCGCUGCGACCUUCGCCCUCUGCCUGCAGCCCUCAUCUUAGGGCUGAUACUAGUUACCGGCGGCCUUCUCCCGGGACUGGCCGACGGCGCUCAGAACGAGCCAAAAAUCAAUGCCAGCGAGGAAAUAACUUUAAAGAAAGACAUUGGCACUGUUUCAUUGCAGUGCAACCUUACCCAGAAUGGCCUAGGCACAGUGCAAAGCACCUUCUGGACCAAAAAUGGAGUGGAGAUUUCUGAAACCCUGACACUGUCUCCAACCAGCACUAACAUGGAGCACAAAAUCUUAAAACCAAAAGCUGACGAUUCAGGAGAAUAUCAAUGUGUAUUUACCUUUGCUGGUUCUCCACCUGUCAACGCUACUAUUGAAGUGAAAGCUGCUCCAGAAAUCACUGGGCACAAAAAGAGCGAAAACAAGAAUGAGGGACAAGAAGCUGUUAUGUAUUGUAAAUGUGUAGGAUAUCCUCACCCAGAAUGGACUUGGCACAAAUUGGUUGAUGAUGUGUUAUUAGAAGUAAAUAAUGAGAGUGGACGAAUCUUUAUCGCUAACAAAGGUAACUACACUGAAUUGAAAAUCAUUAGCCUGGACAUCGUUAAAGACCCUGGAGAAUACCAGUGUAAUGCUACCAAUUCUGUUGGCUCUGUAAAAAGUACCACCAUCUUGCGUGUGCGCAGUACCUUGGCUCCAUUGUGGCCUUUCCUUGGCAUUCUGGCAGAGAUAAUCAUCUUGGCGGUCAUUAUUGUGGUGUAUGAAAAGCGCAAAAGACCAGACGAAGUGCCAGACGACGAUGAACCAGCUGGACCUAUGAAGAGUAACUCUACAAACAACCACAAAGAUAAGAACUUGAGGCAACGAAACACAAGCUAAAUAAAUCUGAGAUUUGUGGAUUUGACCAGACAACAAAUUUUCCUUUUAAAGAGCUCACAUUGCUAUGAAAGUCUAUCUUAAGACUUCUUCAAUAUUCCUUUUUUGUGUGUUUUUUGUUUUUCAUGUGACUGAGGGUACAAAACUAUUUUUUUAAAGCAUGCCUUAUAUAGCCUCCAUGGAGACUAAAAACUGAUUGGGUAUUAAGGAGCUUCAAAAAUAGAGUGCAUAUGCAGCUUUGUGUGCUGUGGCUUUUUUUUAAAUCACUUAAGAUAAAUAAAUAUAUAUAUAUAUAUAUAUAUAUAUAACACACACAAAAUGUAAGCCUUCCAACGGGAUAGUAGAGGUUUGGACAGCAGGUUUAUUUUAUAUAUAGAUUUUUUUUUUCUUUCCAUUUUUUUUUGUAUAUUUGGCAUGUAUCUUACGGUAAUUGAGCAGAAUGCAUCCAUUGUAAUGAAAGUAUCAUGUAUUUUUUAAAGCUGAGUAUUGGAUGGCUUGUGAAUGUUGUAGCUGCCAUAUGACAGUCAGAUGAAGCAUCGUUUCAAUGACCCUGAACAUUCUAAAAAUUAUUCAAAGAAGUUUCCUCAAGCAUGGAAUAGCUUAUUUUAUAACUCAUACGGUGGCGUCCUAGGGCCUAAUGUAUGCCACAACGAUUCUUGAUUUUUUUUAUAUACAAUAUACAUCUGUCUGCUCUGUUUUGUAGUGGAAUAUCAUGCUUUGCUUCACCAAAUGUCCAGUACUUUGUACUGAAGAAGGCUUAACAGGAAUGUUUUGGCUGUAUAGUUACCAAGUAUCAUUAUGGCUUUUUCUCUGAGAAGUUAAAUAUCUAAUGUAAAUGUUAUAAGCAACCAUUCACAGAAGUACUUUUAAGGGGUUGUCCAGGUUCAGAGCUGAACCUGGACAUAACCUCUUCUUCACUUCUUUACCAUGUAUGAGUGGAGCAUCAAAGCACUAAUGAGCUGUCUUUAGCGCUGCCCUAGCCUGUAAAACAUCGUAGGGCAGCGCUAAAGGCCAUCUAUUUGUGCCGGUGACAUCACCGGGCUCACUUCUAAGUAGAAGUCUCUGCCUAGCAUACCCAUGUGAAGCCCGAUACGUCACUGGUAGUAAAGAAGAAGCACUCAUACAUGGUAAAUGAGUGAAGAGGAGGUUAUGUCCGGGCUCAGCUCUAAACCCGGACAACCCAUUUAAGGCCUAGCGUAACUGGGUGACAAACUGAUUUGACUUGUUAGUGCAAAUAUUUAAAAUGCCCUGCUAAAGAUAACAGACCAUAUAGAAAAAUUAAGUGGGAUGCUUUAUAAGUGAACAUUGGUUCAAUCAUGUAUAUUCUUCAAUCCUUUUGCACUGUUAUGUCAACAUGUACAUUCAUGCAGGCAGACUUUUUAUAAGUUAUAUAUAUAUUUUUUCUUUGAUGGGGUUUUUGUUUAAUUUCGGUUAUUUAAGGAGAUUUUACAUUUGUUCUUUAAAGCAUGGUUCUAUUCUAUGCAACUAGAUGUAAAUGUGUCAGUAUAUCAAAUCUGUAAUGUCUUUUACUGGGCAGAGGGGUGGGGGAAUGUUCUAGUUGCAUGAGCCCAUGGAUUGUGCAAUUGAAGUGUAAUAAUGUGUGUGGAAAAUACACUGGUUGAUACAAUAUAAACAAACUAAAACAGGAAUGUA